GAGGGGGAGGAGGAGGAGGGAGCGGCAGCGAGAGCCCGUAUCGCCCCGCAGCCCGCCGCCGCCGCGCCAUCCGCCGCCAUCCGCCGCGCCCCGCGCCCAUCGCCCCUCCGCACCCGGCUCCCCAGGCACUCCCGGCUCCCCGCCACCACCACAGGUGGGUAUCGGGGGCCGGCGGCGGCGGCGGCCGUGGAUAUUUGGGGCGGCAGAUCGGGAGCGGCGCAGAGAAAUUUCCUUACUAGAUGACAUUUCAUCGCAAUGUCCGAUCGUUUGGGGCAAAUAACCAAGGGAAAGGAUGGGAAAAGCAAGUACUCGACUCUCAGCCUGUUUGAUAAGUAUAAAGGAAAGUCAAUAGAAGCUAUCAGAACUACAGUUAUUCCUAGACAUGGCUUACAGAGUCUUGGGAAAGUUGCUGCUGCCCGGCGCAUGCCACCUCCUGCAAACUUGCCUAGCUUGAAGUCUGAGAACAAAGGAAACGACCCCAACAUCAUUAUAGUACCCAAGGACGGUACAGGAUGGGCAAACAAGCAGGAUCAGUCAGACCAAAAGAGUUCCAGUGCGACGGCUGCACAGCUGCAGGAGUCGCUGCCGCAGCAGGGUUUGCAGAAAUCUGUCUCCAAUUUACAGAAGCCGACACAGUCAAUCAGUCAGGAGAGUACAAAUUCAGUGCCAGGUGGACCAAAGUCAUGGGCACAGCUGAAUGGAAAGCCAGCAGGACAAGAAGGUGGUUCAAGGGCCUCAAGCCGACUGUUAUCCUUCUCUCCCGAGGAAUUUCCGACGCUGAAAGCAGCUGGCGAGCAGGACAAGGUUGGCAAAGAAAAGGGCGCCUUAGAUCCGUCGUAUGGGCCAGGACCAAGCCUCCGCCCCCAGAAUGUCACCAGUUGGAGGGAGGGCGGUGGGAGGAACAUAACCUCUGCCACAUCUCUGGCCGCCUCCCCUGCUGAGCUGGGCAGCAAGACCUCUAGCACCGGAGACGGAGCCCCCUCCUCAGUGAGUGCCAGCGAUCCGAAGGAGCCGUCUCUCCGCCCAGCUCAGCCUGUCCGCAAAGGGGCUUCGCAGUUCAUGGGAAAUGUCUACCAACCACCUACAUACCAUGACAUGCUACCUGCUUUUAUGUGUCCACAACAGCCAUCUGAGACCCCUGCAUCGCUGGACCGAGGGUCUUUCCCCCUUCCUCAGCUUCGCCUUGAGCCCCGGGUACCUUUCAGACAAUACCAGAUGAAUGACCAGGAUGGAAAAGAGAACAGGCUCAGCCUGUCUCGCCCAACACGUCCAGUUCGGCAGCAAGUAGAGCGAGCACCUCGGCCGACCAUUAUCAAUGCAGAGAACCUAAAGGGGCUGGAUGAACUAGACACUGAUGCGGAUGAUGGAUGGGCAGGCAUUCAUGAUGAAGUGGAUUACUCUGAGAAACUAAAGUUUAGUGAAGAUGAGGAAGAGGAAGAAACUCUUAAAGAUGGACGACAGAAGUGGAACAGCUGGGAUCCCAGAAGGCAGAGACAGUUGUCCCUGAGCUCUGCAGACAGUGCAGAUGUCAAACACACCUUGGAGGAAGGAAAGAAUUGGAGCGACUCAGUUGGCUUGUCCCGGUCAGUCCGGAAAGUGCAGGAUUCACAGCAGCCUCCAAGGAAGUUGAAUGGCUGGAGCUCUGCAUCUGAAUACCAGAAGCCCACACUGGGAAGUAUUCUCAGACAGCAGUCCCUUGAGGAUAAAGAAGAAAAAGUGCCACUGAGACAGAAGUUUGUGCACUCUGAGAUCUCUGAGGCUGUCGAGAGAGCCAGGAGGCGACGGGAGGAGGAGGAGCGACGAGCCAGGGAGGAGCGUCUGGCAGCCUGCGCUGCAAAAUUGAAGCAACUUGAUCAGAAAUGCAAACUGGCUCAGAAGAGUGGGGAGACCCAGAAACACACAGAGAAUGAAGACCUGCGAGCCCCAAGCACAGAGAAAAAUGCUGUGCAAGAGAAUGGUCAUGCUUUCCGUAGAGCAACCCCUGAGUUUCACACACAGGAUGUCUCUGUUGGCUAUCUGGAAGAGGAGACUCCUGCCCCAGCAGCAGCAGCAGCCCGAAGCAGCAGUGAGGAGGAGCUCAGAGAAGCUCCCUCCCCAGCACAGGAAUUCAGCAAAUACCAGAAGUCUCUUCCCCCACGAUUCCAGAGGCAGCAGCAGCAACAGCAGCAGGAGCAGCUGUACAAGAUGCAGCACUGGCAGCAGCAGCAGGUCUAUCCUCCCCCAUCCCAUUCCCAUCCCCAACGGACAUUCUACCCACCACACCCCCAGAUGCUUGGCUUUGAUCCUCGCUGGAUGAUGAUGCCCUCUUAUAUGGACCCUCGCAUGGCCCAGAGUCGCACCCCUGUGGAUUUCUACCCUUCAUCCCUUCACCCUUCAGGAAUUAUGAAGCCCAUGAUUCAGCAGGACUCCAUCGGUGGGAGCAGCUGCCGGUCUGAAGAUCAGAACUGUCAGGCGGGGCAAGUGGAAAGGAAAACUGCGCCCUUGGACCCUGUGCCAGUGUGGGGCCAGGAGAGCUACACAUCUCUGCAGAGCAAAGGGUACUCCCUGUCACAUCAAAAACAGUCUGACAACAUGACCCUGGAGGGGCUGCAUGCCAGGAAUGACAGUUACUCUGCUUCUCCUGGAAGGCCAGAGAGUCUGAGCACCCAACGAGAUCUCUUUGAGGAGAGAAGGGAGGAGUACUUGAAUGCUUUUGACAAGAAGGCCCAAGCAGACUUUGACAGCUGCCUGUCAUCUCAGAGGAUAGGCCAAGAUCUCUUGUUUCAGCAUCAGGAGACUGUGCAGGAGACCUGUUCUGCUGGCAACCGCCAUGCAAACUUGAGGUGUUCGCCCCUGGAGCCUGAUUUUAUCCAAGCAGAGAAGAAGCCUGAGUAUAAUGGCUGGGAUAUCAGCCACCAUCAGAAACCUGGAGAGACUGCAGCAGAAGCUGCUGAAGAAGUGCCCAGGGAUGAGCAGGCAUUCAGUGCUGAUCCAUGGAAGAAAGAUGGAGCUAAUACCAAACAGCCCACUGAAGAGACGACAGAGUGGGCUCCUGAGAACCGGAACACCAGUGGCCAGCACCAGGAGCAAAUGGGGAGGACGCGACGAUCAGGCCCGAUUAAAAAACCAGUCCUGAAAGCUCUCAAGGUGGAAGAGAAGGAGAAGGAAAUGGAGAAGGUUAAACUGGAGGGAGAGGACACCUCACGUCCACUGAAGGAGAAGGUGGCUGUUCAGAAAGUAGAAAAUGAGUCCGAUGAUUCUGCAGCCUUACUGAACUCCACACGUUACCUGUUGGAUGACAAAGGUUCUUCCCAAGCCAGCCUUGCCCGAGAAGCUGAGAAAUCCCAAGAGGAGGAAGAAGAAGAAGAGGAGGAAGAGAAGCCAGAAAGAACCUGGGAGAGCAAACUAUCCAGAGAGUCCGGUGAUCUCCCUCCCACAAAAAGAAACAACUGGAUCUUCAUUGAUGAGGAACAAGCCUUUGGUGGGAGAGGUCAAGGGCGUGGGCGAGGGAGAGGUUUCAGAGAGUUCACUUUCAGAGGCCGAGGUACUGUUGUGGGCAGCCGGGGCGUCUAUAACAACCAGCGGAGCAGCCGAGGGCGAGGACUUCGGGAGUUCAGCCAGCCAGAGGACUUCCCCAGAGGCAAGCCAAGGCGCCGGAUUGCAAGCGAGACGCACAGUGAAGGGUCAGAAUACGAGGAGCUCCCCAAGCGUCGUCGGCAGAGGGGCUUGGAAAACAGCAAUGAAGGCUCUGUGCUGGACAGGGAGGACAGUGAUUUGAAAAAGGGAGACUUCAAAGAGUCUUGGAGGUCCAACAAAAUCUAUUCAGAUGAUCACAGUAGUUUGGAUCCUAAGAUGAGAGCUCCGAGAGCUUUUGGGAGAUCACUGCCGCCAAGACUGAGUAACUCUGGCUAUGGGCGAAGGGGUUUCAUGGGUAAGGAGCCUACCCAGUGGCAAGGCAGGAGUGGGGGAGCUGGGUGGCAGGAGUACAGCCACACCUCUCCAUCGGACAGUUUUGGGAGCAGGCAGCAGUCUGACAGGGACUACAUUCAGGAUUCUUAUAAACAUGUGGAUUCCUUCUCCAGCCGAGUUUUUGAUGAGAGUCAUCUGGAUGACAAAAGGCACUUUUUCCAGGAGGAUUACUCAGCGGAUCAGGAGAACAUUGAGAACAGGCCAUUCAGGAGGCGGCGUCCCCCCCGCCAAGACAAGCCCCCUCGAUUCAGGCGCCUCAGGCAAGAGAGGGAGUCAGUCGGCCAGUGGAACGCUGAGGAGGGAGGCCCCAACCUGCUGCCCAGCCAGUGGCCUGGAAGACCCAAGCUGAGCACUGCAGAGAAGAGCAGCAUCUCGGGCAGACGGUCUCCUGAGCUGUCUUACCAGAACUCAUCGGACCAUGCCAACGAGGAGUGGGAGACAGCAUCUGAAAGCAGUGACUUCAGUGAGCGGCGGGAGAGGCGAGAUGGAGUUUCAGAGAGCGAAGGCCAGCUGGAGGGUGGCCUCGGGAGUGGGAGCUUGGGAGAGAAGAGGGAGCUAGCAAAGAGGAGCUUCUCAAGCCAAAGGCCUCUUGUUGACAGGCAGAGCCGCAAGGCCGAGCCAGCAGGGUUUGUGGAGCAGUCUGUCAGGACUGGUGUAGGAACAUCUUCCAGAUACGAGAGCCAGCAGAAUGGGACACUAAUAAAAAGCAAAAGGUCUCCAGAAGAAGGAGCGGGCCUUGGCAACACCAGUGGUGGGAGCAGCCACUCCAUUUACAGCUUGGAUAGGGCCUCCCACGCAAACUCAGAGAGUGCUGAGGGGCCAGGUAAAAAGCCAGAGAAGGAGUCCAAAUCCACUGCACAAAGAGCAAGUGAGAAGGGAGAGGCCUUGUCACAGUUUGAACUAAGUUAUGGAAGUACCAUCAUUGAUAAUCGGGUGUCGAACACAGCAGAAGAGAAUGAAGUAGGUUCUAUGGCAGGUGAAGGCUUCAUUGAGGUUCUUACUAAAAAGCAGCGUCGUUUGCUGGAAGAGGAGCGAAGGAAGAAGGAACAGGCUGCUCAGGCACCAGCUAAGGCCCGCGUCCUUCAGUCUCGCAUUCCUCCUCGAUUUGCCAAGAAGCAAAACAGCUUGUGCUUGGAGCAAAGUGAUGUAACAGUUUCUGGAAACAGCCUGGGCACAGAGAUCUGGGAGAGCAACAGCCCAGCUCUUUCUGUUCAGUCUCCUGGCAGUGAUUCCUGGAGCAAGCCUGUAAAUACCUUUAAUGGUACUGAAUCUAGCACCACUGAGCAGGGUUUUAAAGGCAGCCAGGGGGAUAGUGGCAUUGACUUGAGCGCGGAGUCUCGGGAAUCCUCCGCUACCUCCUCUCAGCGCAGUUCUCCAUAUGGCACCCUCAAACCAGAGGAGAUGAAUGGGGCUGGCCUGGUGGACCCAAAGCCUGACUGCCAGAAGGAGCAAGUGCAGAAGCAAUCUGAUAAAAAGGAUUCAGAUCAAGGCUCAGGACAGAACAAGGAACACAAGCCUGGACCAAUCGGCAACGAACGCUCCCUGAAAAACAGAAAGGGUUCGGAGGGAACGGAACGGCUGGAAGGGAAUAUUCCCCCUGUUAAUGGGGUGGAAAUUCACGUGGAUUCUGUACUUCCUGUGCCACCCAUUGAAUUUGGAGUAAAUCCUAAAGACUCUGAUUUCAGCUUGCCACCUGGUUCUGCCUCUGGCACCGCAGCUAACCCUGUCACCAAAUUGCAGGAUGCUUUGGCCAGUAAUGCAGGGUUAACGCAGUCCAUUCCCAUUCUGCGAAGAGAUCAUCACCUCCAGCGGUGCAUUGGUCUGAACCCAAUGUCCUUCCCCACUGCAGACCUUACUCUUAAGAUGGAGUCUGCUCGUAAAGCUUGGGAAAACUCUCCUAGUUUACCAGAACAGAACUCCCCGGGAGGCGCAGGUUCAGGCAUCCAGCCUCCUUCCAGUGUUGGAGCUUCCAACGGUGUCAGCUACAGCUCUUUUGGUGGAGUUUCUAUGCCUCCUAUGCCUGUGGCGUCCGUAGCACCUUCUGCAUCUAUUCCAGGUAACCAUAUUCCACCGCUGUAUCUGGAUGGCCAUGUGUUUGCAAGUCAGCCCCGCCUGGUCCCUCAGACGAUACCUCAGCAGCAAAGCUACCAACAGGCUGCUGCUGCUCAACAGAUUCCCAUUUCCCUCCACACAUCCUUACAGGCUCAAGCUCAGCUUGGGCUGAGAGGUGGUCUGCCUGUUUCCCAGUCCCAGGAGAUGUACAGCUCCAUACAGCCCUUCAGGUCUCAGGUGUAUAUGCACCCCAGUCUGUCUCAGCCCAGCACCAUGGUCCUGACAGGAGGCACUGCUCUGAAGCCUCCAUAUUCCGCGUUCCCAGGCAUGCAGCCCUUGGAGGUGGUGAAAACCCAGUCUGGGUCCCCCUAUCAGCCCAUGAAUGGAAGCCAGACACUGGUCUAUGAAGGCCAGAUAAACCAGGCGGCUGGUAUGGGAGCCUCCCAGAUGAUGGACUCUCAGCUUACGCAGCUAACAAUGCCUGUGCCUGGCUCCCAGCUUCCUCUGCCCCGCUAUGGCUCUGGCCAGCAGCCCCUGAUUCUACCACAGUCCAUCCAGCUUCCUCAGGGGCAAAACCUGCCUGUAGGAGCUCCCAGAAGAAUCCUCCCUCCUGGAUCCCAGCCUUCCGUUCUUGCUACCAGCAGGGAGUCCUCCCAGAUGGAAAUGAAAGGGUUUCAUUUCCCCGAUGGUAAACAGAAUAUGUCCUCUGGAGGGUCUGUACCAUCACCACAUACAUACAGAAUUUACUCCAUGAAUGUUGUCGACUCUUCGAUUUCCAGGCCUAGCUCUGCCAGCCCAAGCGGGAAGCCGUCUGGACCAGCAGUUAGUAUGGGCUCUGUGCAAGGACACUAUGUACAACAGGCAAAGCAGCGGGUGGAUGAAAAUAAAGCCAAUCUGGGAGCAGUAAAGCUGCAAGAAACAACCUCCACAAACCAGAUGAAGCCAGUGCGCACAGGAGCGAUCAAACCUCAGGCAGUCAAAGUGGAGGAAAGCAAGGCCUAGGAGCACCUCUGAUGCCCAGCUGGUCGUGCUGCCUGAGAGGCCCUGCAGCUUAGACUGGACCCCACUGGAUCUCCUGAAAAUCUCACCAGAUCUACUCCCUGCCCCACAUUGACUGACUACAGCAACAUCAUCCAAGCCCCUCUCCCAACAAAGCAGUUUGAAACAGUGGAUAUGACAUUGACCUGCUUGCUUUAAAACAAACCAACCAUGUGACUUUUAAGUGGCUUGAGCCAUUUAUUUUUAUUUUUUUUUCCCCGCCCCCCCAUGCCCCAUCCACAGGUAGCUGUGAUUGCUCACUUGGCAAAGCCCAUCCUUCUCCUUCCCUACUUCUGUCUCAGCAGAGUGGCAACUGAGGGAGAGGGCUUAGUUUGAGGUUUUUCAUUUUAAAGGCAGCUGAGGUUUUUACAGAAAAGCUAUAUCUUUGUUUAUAGCAGAACUUUUAUAUGUUCUCUCAUUUUUCCCCCGCUUCUUUCUGCUUUCCUCUUUCCCUCCAGAAAAGAAUUCCCUUCAGCUAAAAUUAUGUUCUGACAGAACUCUGCUUAGUUUUAUAUAUGGUUCUGUGCUAUGUUGAGAAUCAUGACUCUUCUAAAUUGAGUUUGUUUGGGUAUAUAUUCCCCAGAUGAUUUAGCCUUUCAGAUUAUUUGAUUAAAAAAAACCCAGGACGGUUAUGGCAUUCAUUAAUUUUUCAGUAUUUUUGUUUUAAGCUAGAAGCAGUGCUUGCGUUAGAAGUAAAUGUGUACUAAAAGUAUAUGGUAGAUCAGUGCAUUAAUCUUGAAACUUGCACCACUUUAAUUGUAGCUUUGGGGUGCCUUGUGCACAACAAAAUGUGGCAUUUUCGUUUUAAGGAAAAAAACACCAAAUUUCUGUUGCAAGCUCAUCUGGAUCUAGUUGUUUUGAUUUUUUUGUGGGUUUGGGAUUUUUUAGUGACUGCCAAACACACAACAAAAUGUAAAUCAUAGAUUUACAAAGUGUAAAAUCUGUUUAGAAAAAAAUCUCACCGCACAUGGGUCAGAAGAGUUGGCUAGAGCCAACGGGUCUGUAUGGACUACUUUUUGUAGUUGUGAUGCUCUCUCUUACGCUCCCUACCUUGGCCACUCUACUUCUUCAUGUCUCCCGAGACUUGUUCUAUAUUGUGUUCAUCCCUUGGGGCUGCUCUCCUAAGCUUUGCUCUUCUCUUUUUCCCUAGUUCUUGCUUUCUGUUCCUCUAACUCAUGGCCUUUUGUAAAAUUUGCAUAGAAACACAUCGGUAAGGGAGCCCCUCUGCAAGGCAGCCAUUUUAGCACACCUGGAACCUCCUUUUUUACGUUGGAAGCGCAUGGUUGCAGAGGCAGUUUGGAAUCGUCCUUUUACUUUCCUUCCCCAGAUGAAUAGCAAAGGGUUCUUUACUUUUGAUGCAGUUGCAUAUAGUAUGUAUGCAGUAUUGUCACCUCAUACUUUCUCACCAGUAUUUGAUGAUCCAUCAAAGGAAGGUCCCAGUGGGAGGGGGUUGGGUUUUAGUUCUUUGGUUGUUUGGUUUUGGUUUAUGUGUGUGCGUGCGUGUGUGUGUGCGUGUGUAUGUAGAUUUUUAGGAUGGACUUAAAAGCUCCUGAAAGUGCUUGGAGUCCUUCAGCUGAUGGUAGUCUUAAGUAAACUCAACUGCUUUCAGCUAACUUGGUUUGUGUUGUUUAGCUCUUUCAAAAUGUAAAGUAGGCUGGUCACUUUGAAGUGAGGGAAAGAAAACUUCAUUUCUGCAGUAGAUGAUAGCUUGCUAACUGGCUGUGCCAUCUGCCUCUGCUAGGUGGCAGCAAGUCAUUUGUUGGUGGUUCCAAAGAAGAUAAUUUUGAACAAAGAAUGUAUUUGGGAAGGGAUCUGAAAGGUGUUCUUGUUUCUUUGUUUGCUUUUUUCCCCCUUUCUAGGAAAGAUACUUCAUAACUUUCUAGGGAUGCAUUUGAAGUUUUAAGCUAGGUAUAAAUAAGAAUUUUAUACAGUAGCUUUAAAGAACUUAGAAACCUAAACUAACUUAGACAUAGUAAUGUCCCCUCUCCACAGGUGUCCCCAUUGACCAUGGCAGAGAACCCAAAGAGAAAGGGAUAGGAUGGUACUUUAAGAAAAAUAAAAGCUUUUUUUUUUUUCUUCAUGUUUUAUGGAUUUUUAACUUCAGAGCAGAGUGUGCCAGCAUCUCUCUAGCAUCCUUCUUAAAGUACAGGGUUUGAGAUUUAGCGACAGAUAUUUCCCCAGCCUUCAGACGUCUCCCAGACCUGCAUCCUCAUCUGCUAGUCCUGCUCCCAACAUUUUCCAAAGAUUGCUCCACCAGUGAGUCAUCCCACCUCCCUUUCUAUUUUCUUCCUUGGAAUAUCAUGAACAACAGAAUUGUCUGUUUUUUCCUUCCUUAUUAUCCUUCUGCCCAGCUGGCCCUAGCUAAUAUCAGCCCAGAAUCUUAACUGUAAUGUCUAAAGAGACUUAUCUGAGCCCCCCUCUUCUCAUCUCUUUCCUACCCUAGACACACUACUUAAGCUUUACAAAGACACUAACCUCUUUCCUCCCACCUGUAUGACUUCAAAAAUGGUCAAAUGUGUUGGAGAAACUGGGUUAUUGCUAGAUACAAGCUAUUGCAGUCCCUCUGGUGUAAAUGCCAUCAGAACUACAAUACUUCCUGUUGAAAAAGGUCACCCUUCUUUCUCUUUUAACCCCUCCAUUCCUUCCCCCAACAGAAUAAAACACUAGAAUUUAUUUAUACGUAUUUGAUGUUGUAGGUCUAGGUGAAAAAGUAAUUGUUUCACUGCUCUAUUUAUAUAUUAUGUCUGAAUUAUUCUGUGCAGGAAAGGCCAAGAAAUGCAUGUGAGCUUCAUUCCAUUCCUCACCUUUGUGUGACUGUCAGCUGCAGUAAGCAAGACUCUCUUUCACUUAAUGGAGUUUUGUGUGACGGAAAGCAGUUUUAGAGCCCAAAUUUCUAUGGUGCAAUAUCCUUCUCUGGCAUAUAUUUUUGUUUGUUUGUUUAAAGCUAGUACAAGGUUAGUGAAGUUUGUGGUGCUCUGGAAUCAAAAGGAAAGCCUAUGAUCCUCAAGAUGCAGAAAUGCCAAGGGUGCUGGUAUGCUGAUAGAAAUUCAGCUUGGGGAAGAGGAGAAUGGAGAUGUAUGGAAUGUCGAUAUGGUUUAUACGGGGAUACUCCUGCUUGCAAUCUCCACUGCUGAAGGAUUGGACCCUAAUGAUUUAUUCCGUUGCAGGUUGCUUUUGCUUUGACUGGAAAUCAGCUACCAAAUUGCAGGCCCCUUCUGCUAGGAAAGGUGCAGUGUGCAGUGGGAGGGAGAGGUGGAAUCCAUAUUUUCAGCAACAAUGGGUAAAGCAGAAAUAUUCAGAGGCUGACUUUGCUGCUUUUUGUUCAGCUGAAGGUCUGAGGCAUUUGUGUAAUCGGUUCUCUUAUACGCAAUGAUUCAUGGCCUAGCAGCUACAUUCAGUGCUGCUUUCCUCUCCAGUUUAGCCUGCUUUUAGCUCUCAAUUAAAAAAGAAAAAAAAAAAAUUGAAGUUAGGGAAGAAAAAAAGGAAGAGAAGGGAAAAAAAAAAAAAAGGCACUCCAGUAUAUUUUUAAAUGACAAGUGGAAGCAGCACAGUCACUAGUGAAACAGGUAUUGUUGUUGAUCUUCCAUAAUUCGCUCCUGGCUCUGCCAUGUGACAGCUGUACAGUCGUCAGUAACUCUGAAUGUGUUUGCAGCCCAUUGAACUCCCAUACGUGUUUGUGUUCAUGCAGAGGCACUCCAUUUAACAGUUUCCUUGCAAGAAUGCUGCAAAGCUACAAGCUGCCCUGUGGUUCCUGUGUAUUUAUGGAUAUAUAUUAGAAAAUGAGCCUAGCAUUUCUGCUAUGUCUCACCUUUUGGCAGGCUACUAUAUUCACUUUCAAGCAAGCACCACUGCAUGCCAAGAUCUUGUUCUGUUGCAUUUUGUUAACCUUCUGUUUUGCUUCUGGCUGGUUAAGCACAGGUUAAUUCCUUGUAGCGCAGGUUAUUUUUGGUGUACAGCAGCCCAGUUUCCUUGUAAGAAAGAUGCAUUUGUGAAUAAGAAUUAAUUUACAACAAACAGGCAUCAGGAUACUUAGUUGUGGCCCAGCGACAGAAAAGGUGUAUUUUGCUGAAGCAGUGGAACUGCUGCCUGAAGAGACAGCAGCAGUCCAACUACUAUUUUUUGUUGUUUAUUUUAAUCCAAAGACCACCAGAUUUUCCUAGUGGCCAUAGGAAAAAACCCUUGGGUUUAAUGGCUCAUCCUGGCUCCUCAAGAUGCCUGCAGCCACAACCUUGACCGUUCCCCGGGGAAUCACAGCAGCAGCAGUGAGGCGCUCACGUUUUAGCAUGUCUCGAGGCGUUGUCCUUAGCUGGAAUCCUUUCUCUGGUUCUGUAUAAAUUGCAUUUGUUGUUUCUCAAGGGGAUAUUGUACUCCUUUAAAGCUUCUAACCUCAUGACCUGUAUAGUAAAUUUUUUUUGGCCUUUCCUCUCUUUGUCUUUUCAUGUAGACCAGAUAUUUGAAAGGGCAGACGAUGGAUAAUUGUGUAACGUGCAACCUGUUUAUAUUUUUUGGAAACUUUUACUUGGACCGGAACUCGAAUCACGGAAUCACCAGGCCAGUUGCGGCAUACUCUUUAUUGCCCUUUUUCCUCGUUUCAGUACCUAUUGUUUCUCCUUUCAAAUAUGUGAUUGUAUUAGCUCUUUCCAUAUGAAAGAAUUCUCCUUAUUUAAAUAAAAAAAAAUUAAAAAAAUAAAGCAGAUUAUGCUUUUCUCAAA